GUCAGUUCAAAGCAUGUUGGGCGUUCUCGUGGCAGCGACGCUCGUCUUGCCUAGUGCCAAUGCAUGCGUGUCAGAGAGCGGCUACUGCCAGCUUCUGCCCUCCGAAGGGUUGGCGACAGAUCCGUGUUCCGAUCUCGCGCCGUGCCCAACGGGUAGCUAUUGCAGAAACAAUCGCUUGACGCGGUGCCCCGCGGGCUUUUUCGGAAACGUGACGGGCCUUCAAACACCGCAGUGCUCUGGCCUCUGCCCCGCCGGGUUCUACUGCCCCCUUGGAACCGCCGAGCCCAUUGCUUGCGGCGGACAGCACCUCUACUGCGCUCUUGGCGCCGCAGCACCGUCGCUCGUUCCUCCUGGGUACUACGCGCUUGGUAUCGAUGCCACGAGACGCGAGUCGGUUGCUCUCUGUGAAGCAGGCUUCUACUGCGUCAACGGGCAGCUCCUGCCGUGUGUCGAGGGGACCUUUGGCUCAACCAGCGGGCUGACAUCGCCGGCAUGCUCGGAUGUGUGUCCUCCAGGGAGCUACUGCCCACUUGGUGCGAGUGCCCCCCUUCCAUGCCCGCCGGGGACCUAUGGCGUCACCGACAGCUUGUCGACGCCAGCGUGCUCGGGCGCGUGCCCCGAAGGCUUCUACUGCCCCGCCGGCACCACGACCCCAUUGGCUUGUCCCGACGGUGCUUUGUGCCCGGUGGGCAGUGCGUCACCGCGCGUCGUGCCGCCAGGCAUGCACCUCGUCCCAGCUAAAGACCCCAUGACGCAGGCCAUCACGAUGGUGGCGACCCGUUGCCCUCCAGGCUCGUACUGCGUCUAUGGAAAAGCCUUUCCCUGUCCUGUCGGCCGGUUCGGGGCCACCGAGGGACUCAAUUCGAGCCGUUGCUCGGGUGUGUGUCCUGCUGGCUCGCUUUGCGUUGCGGGCACGGUCACCCCGUCGCCGUGCAGCGACGCGGCCUUCUUUUGCCCCUCGGACAGCUACGCUCUGCAGCCGGUUGGUGUUGGCAACUACUCGAGUCCGAUCGACUCUUUGUAUCACAAAGACCAAGCCGUGUGUGAACCGGGGCACUACUGUCUCAACGGGCUUCGAUCCCCGUGUCCGGCGGGUGCCUUUGGUAGUGCAUUUGGCUUGACAACACCGGCUUGCAGUGGACAGUGUGCACCGGGGUACUAUUGCCCGCAAGGAAGUUUGGGCGCGACCGCCAACGAGUGCGGCAGCCCCCAUACGUACUGUCCGGAAGGCUCACCGCGCCCCCUUUUCGUAUCGAGCGGCUACUGCGGCGUGGGGGCGUCGGCAACGACACAAGCGGCGCAAGCACUCGCACCACCGGGCUCGUUUGCGUUUGAAGGCCAGUGCUACUUGUGUCCCGGGGGAUACUAUGGCACCGACCCCGGCAGCAUCUCGCCAACAUGUUCGGGCGUUUGUGCAUCGGGGUACUACUGCCCGCCAGGAAGCACGUCGCCCUUCCAAGUGACAUGUGGGCUCGGGUCGUACUGCCCGUCCGGCUCGAAGUUGCCAACGCCAGUCACCCGCGGGUUUUAUUCGUACAUUGCGACUACUGAUACGUGUGGUCCUGGACUCUAUCGAAGCGCGUCGACGUCGCUGGCCGCUCUCUUGCUCGCUGGUUGGUCCACGAUUGCUGUCGACUAUGGUGACGCGCUCUUCCCUUUUGCCCCGUGUGUGCCGUGCCCACUCGGGACCUUCAAGCCAGACGACGGCGACAGCCAAAGCCUCUGCCAAGCGUGUCCGCCAUUCACAUCAACGAGCUCGAUCGACCGCACAACUUGUUCUUGCUAUCGGCUCUCGGGGGGCGCGACGUGGGAGGCGACCACGACAGCCUUGUACUUUGACGGUGUCACCUGCAUCCACCUUCCGAUCGCAACCCAAAUGGCGUCGCUUCUACCGCCCAACACGUCGUGGACCAAGUACCAAGAGGCGGCUUGCAAGCCCGGGUACUACUGCGUUCAGGGCGCUCGAUCGCCGUGUCCUGCUGGCCGGUUUGGCACCUCCUGGAAGGAAACAAAUCCUCUGUGCACAAAUGCGUGUCGACGGGGACACUACUGCCCGGUUGCCAGCGCCCACGACGCCGUGGAGCCGUGCGGUGCGCCGUACUUGUACUGCCCCUCGGGCUCGCCGUACCCCGUCGCGGUGACGGCAGGCUUCUACUCGCUCGACUCGGUCGCAGGGCUCUUCUCUGACAUCACGCGCCGCGACGCGCAAGCCCCAUGUGAGCCAGGCUCGUUUUGCCAGUACGGCCUUCGCUACCCAUGUCCGGGCGGCCGCUACGGCAGCGCAGCCCAAGAGACAUCGACACUCUGCACGGGUCUCUGCCAGCGCGGCUUCUACUGCCCUCCAGGAAGCUCGCUUCCGACGCAAGUGGCGUGCGGAAACGCUUCCGUCAUCUGUCGCCGGGGAUCGGCGUCGCCCGAGCCCGUCGCUGUGGGCUACUACUCGGGCGGUGACACGUCCCCCAUGCGCUGGUACCAGCUGCCUUGCCCCUUGGGCUCCUAUUGCGUCGACGGAACUUCGUUUCUGUGCCCGGGGGGCACGUACGGAGGUGUCCCACAACUCACGCGGCCAACGUGCUCGGGCCUCUGUGCGCCGGGGUACUACUGCCCGACGGGCAGCAUCGCUGCGCAAGCGUUUCCAUGCGGUAACGUGAGCGUCUACUGCCCUCCAGGGUCACCCCAGCCUCUCGCCGUAUCGGUGGGGUACUACACCACGGGUGGCACCAACAGCACACGGUCGGGCCAAGCACUCUGUCCGAUGGGGUCGUUCUGUCAGCAUGGCGUACUCUAUCAGUGUCCGCCUGGCACGUUCGGCAGCGCCACAGGCUUGACCGUCGAGACAUGCAGCGGCUGGUGCAGCGCGGGCUUCUUUUGUCCGCCCGGCACCGUUUCUGCGACCGCCAAUGCGUGCGGGCCAUCGUCCUACUCGAUCGACGGUCAAGGCGAAUGCAUGGCGUGUCCGGCAGCCCGACCUUUGAUGCCGUGUCACAACAGUCGCGCGUGCUGCCAGUAGCUACGAAAUUGCCCGGUCUCUUCUUCCUUGCCGUGCUCGUACGACGUGAAUAACUCAUGGCCACGCGAUAGCUGUUCAAGAGCCCUUGACAAAGA